AUGUCGGAAGAUUUGACAUUUGAAAAGCCUCAACUUCCUUUGAAGAGAUCCUCUAGUGUCGGGACAGGUUCACCAGUAUUGCCUGGUCCAUCAACAACUUUGAGUCUCUCUUUACCUGGAUUCAAAUCUAGCAAGAAUUGGAAUCCGAUAAAUCGAAUCGAGCAAGAAGAUGAAGUGACACUUGUAUCAGCAUCUGAACCCAAUCCAUCAAAUUUUAUGCCCCAAACUUCAAUAACUCAGAGUGAUAAUUCUAGUCUUACAAGUAUGGAGAAACAGUUGUUGAGCCCAAAUAUUUUGACAGUGUUACAAGAUGUGAUACGAAAAGAAGUAAAAAAUUAUGUGUCUGAGUUAUAG